AUCCCAAGCCCGCGAGCUUUUUUGCCGUACACACACCACAAGACGUGUUUGUGUUGACAGUUGACUCCGUGUUUCCGAUACUUACACAUUGUUUCACACGUGUGUGAGGAGCCAGGGCCCGUCAGGUUACGCGUGCGCGAACCGCACCGAUCACAAGUCCUUGGGUUCACGUCUGACCGUUGCUCUCUUCAGACAAGUCAGUCCAGUCUGGACUUGAUCAACUUGAACUGUUCCAUCGCUGAUAGAUCGGCGAGUGAAAUUGCGCGGAGGAUCCUCUCUGGUUCAUCAUCCGCAUCUUCAAAACAUUUAUGCUGAACUACACGUGAUGUGAGUUUUAUUUUCUCUCAGCGGACACUUGAGUGUUUGAAAAACCACCGGAAGUAGGCUGUGUGUUUUAUUGACUAUAAAAAGUAGGGUUUUUAUGACUUUCGAUCGACAUGGACCAGUCUCGCAGCAGCUGCCGAUACACCGAGAUGCAACCGAUGUCCUACUAUGACAACUACCCGGCGACGAACGGCGACAUGGCCAACUACAACACGCUGUCCCACUCCAUGUACGUGAACAACAGCUACCACGAAGGCAUCCAUAAUGGUGCCGCGUCUCCUCUGAGGGGAGGAGGGGGACACUGCUACCCUACCCCAGACGGGUCCAACUCCUCGGACAGUUGCCGUGAGGAGGACAUUGAGCACGUGCUGGCCCCCGGGUACCCCGGGGGAGGGGAGAGGCGGUGUCUCCUGUGGGCUUGCAAGGCGUGCAAGAGGAAGAACGUGGCGGUGGACAAGCGGAAGGCGGCCACGAUGAGGGAGAGGCGGCGGCUGCGUAAGGUGAACGAAGCCUUCGAGGCCCUGAAGCGCCACACCUCGGCCAACCCCAACCAGAGGUUGCCCAAAGUGGAGAUCCUCCGGAAUGCCAUCGAGUAUAUCGAGAAACUGGAGAGGUUGCUGCAGGUGGAGAAAGGCAACGGGGACGGCAGCGAGAUGGAGACAGCUGAAACCAGCUCCAAUGCUUCAGAUGUCAUGGUAAGUCUCCGUGUUACUUUGACUGGUUGCUCACCAUAA